AUGUCUGAUUUUAACUUAUUCUCAACGAAAACGGAUAUAAAAAAAUUAUUAUUUACAACAGAUAAAUUUAAAUUUAAUGAACAAUGUUCAAAUGAUUCAUGGCAAGAUUUGCCCGGUGCAACUCCAACAUCAGUACUUGCUUCAUUAGCUGAUAAUCAAUAUAUUCAAACAUCAUCAUUAUCAUCAUCCUUAUCAGAUAAUAGAAAUGAUAAUGGAUGGGAAACACUUGAUGAUUAUUCAAUAAUACCAAAAUCAUAUGGUUUAAAUUAUGAACAAAUAUCAAAAAAACCUCCGGGAUAUUGUCGACUUGAUCGACGUGGACAUUGGCUACUAUUAUCACCACAAUCUCAAAUUCAAAGCGAAUCAAAUAAUGUAAUAACAUCUUCUGAUAAAAAAUAUUUAACAAAAGAUUCAAAUCACGAACAAAUUUUUCCUGAUUCAUGCGAAAGUUUAACUGUUUCCGUUGAUUUACAUGUACCAACAGAUGAAUUAAUAAUGUAUAACGAUGAUAUCGAUGGACAAAAUACACUCGUUGGAAGACAUAAAAUACGACAAUAUCAAAAUAUAACAACAAAUAAUAUACCUAAUAUAUCGAGAUGUAUUAAACCUAAUCACGAUAAAGUAGCUAAUCAAUUUGACGAAGAAUUAGUUCAACAACAAUUACGUUAUAACGGUAUUCUUGAAAUAUCUCGUAUACGAAAUCAAGGUUGGCCUGUUCGUUUUACAUUUGAAGAAUUUUUAAAACGAUAUAAAUUUAUUUGUUAUUCACAAAGUAGUUCAAUUCGUAUAGAUGCAAUAGCAUGCGAAAAAAUUCUUCAAUAUCUUUCAUUUACUGAUUAUGUUAUUGGAAAAUCUAAAAUCUUUUUAAAAUUAGAACAUUUAGAAAUUUUAAAUCAAUAUUACGAACAGUAUCUAUCAUAUAUAAUUAAAUGUCAAAAAAUUGUUAGAGGUUUUUUGGUACGACAAAAACUUUUACGUCAAGCAAAACAAAAUGCAAAUGAACGUCAGAAUUUUUUAAAUCAAAUAUAUUUAAUUGGAAAAAAAACAAUGGACAAACUUACAGCAUUACCAAAAAUCCCACCUAAAAAUAUUCAACAGACAUCAAGUAGUAGUAGUGGACAUUUUAUACAAAAACGAAAGAAAGAUUCGAAGAAACUAGCAUCAUCAACUUCAAUUCCUAAUGAAACAAUUCCAAUGAGUGAACAAGAACAUAAAGAUAUGUUAAAAGUAGCAAAAAAAUUACAAUUGCUCGAAAAAGAUGAACUUGAUGAAUUAGAUAGUACUCAUCAUCAAACAACAUCAAACGAUUUUAAACCUACAUUAGAACGUUUAUCUGAACGUGAAGUACGUAUUCUUGUUCAAGAGGAAUUUACACCUGGAACAAUUAUGUCUCGUAAACAACAAAUACAACAGAAAAAAUUUCCUAUUGAAGCAAAUAUUGAAUCCGGUUCAGGAUUACCAUGUACAACAACAAUAAUACAAAGUCCUUCAAAAGUUCAUGAUGGUACAAUUGCAUCCAUAGCUGCAGCAGUUCCUAUUGCACCAACAAUGAAACUAACUGAUGGUGAACAAUUAAUAAGAGAAACAAAAGUUGCUGCAGCAAGUGGUGAUCUAUUCAUGACGGAUUGGUCCGUUGGACAACAGGAAAGAAAACAUCCAGCCACUACCCGUUCGAAAUCAGAACCACGAAAUGCUUUAUUUGAUCUUCAUGAUCAGAAUAUGUUACAAAAAUUUAAAGAUAAUCAAGCACGUAAAACACGUAAAACGAAUGAAUUUGAACAAUCGACAUAUAGUUUUCCGAAUAUAAAUCAAUCAUCAAAAGAUGAUGAUGGUAAUGCAUUACUUGACAAUGAAAAUGUGGAUUGUUGGGAUGCACCACGUACAACAGAAGUUCGUGAAGCCUAUGAAAAAACUAUUCAUUGUUAUCAAUUAUCUAUGCGUAUGUUAAAACUUACUACAUAUAUUGUACUAAAUAUUGGUGUACUAUUAACCGCACUGGUUAGUAAAGGAGCUUUAUUACUAAUGACAAACUCGGUGGCGAAAGUACAAGAGACACCUUAUCGAGAACGUUGGGUAUGGAUGUUAUUAGCAUCUGUAUGUGCUCCAUAUGUCUUUACAUUUUUCGAUAGUCUUGGUAAAUGUUUAUUUGGUAAUAAACCAUGGCCAACUAUAAAAAUCUUUACUAUCGUAUUUCUCAUUGAAACUUUACAUAGUUUUGGAAUAGCUAUAUUUGUUUUUCAUAUUUUACCAAAACUUGAUGCAGCAAGAAGUUUAUUAAUAAUGAAUGCUGUAUGUCUUGUACCUGCUUUUUUAAAAUUAUUUUUGACUAAAUCAAAUUCAUCAAUUGUUCGACGAAGUUUAUUAUUUCUUAUGGAUUUUUUUGCAUUUGCUAUGCAAUGUUCAUGUGUUGGUAUUGCCUUAGCAUCGAAAUUUUUAAAAAAUGAUGGACCAAUUCUUGCUCAAACAACAGUAUCAUCAUUUAUAUUUCCAGAAAGUACAACAACAAUACCAUUAUUAAAUCGACAUAAACGACAAGAUGAAUCAUUGACUACUGCUUUCGAUUUAUUUACUUCAGAUAUUAAUGGAAAUAAUGAGAAUAUUUUAUUUACAACACCUAGUACUAAUAUGAGUUCAAUAGAUCAUAAUUUACAAACAAUUUUAGCUGGAUUCUAUAUUCAAUGGGAGUUACCAGUCGCACUUAUUCUGGUUUCAUUAGCUUGGUGGGAAAAUUUUGUUGAUCGUGAUAUAAAAAUUGGUGGCCGUACUAUAGUGCAUAUGAAACUAUUAAAAGAAAAUAUAGUUGCUACACGGUCAAAAACUUCAUUAAUUAUAACUUGUUGGAAAAUAUUUGUUACUAUUUUAUUUGCUUAUUUAUUUCAUCAUGGAAUUUUUAAUACAUCUGUUAUUUUUCCAAUCAGUAAUAGUAAUGAACAAAUAGAAGAUCCAUUACCAAAACUAUCGUCUGGACAAAAUUCUUGGGCAACACUAGGAUUUGAUCAACAACCAGUACAAGGACUAAUACCAAUUUUACCACCACGUGAACAUCGUUCAAUUGAUAAUAUUUCAACAUAUAUCAAACGAAAUAAACGACAAAUAGAAAAUGAUUUACCAAGCAAUUUUGUAUCUGAUGAUGACAUAUUACAUGCACCUUCCGAUGGAAUUAAUCGUGAAGGCGGUGGAGGAAAUAAUGAAAAAACAAAUCCAAAAGAUCGUUGGAUUUAUUAUUUAGCACCAAUGAUAUUAAAAAUUAUAUCAGAUGCAUUAUGUUUUUAUAUGGGUCGUUUAGCAUGUAAAUUAUGUAUGCAACGUAUAUGUUUUGCUUUACCAAUAACAUUAGUAACACCAUUAGCAUUAACAAUAUUACUUGUUAUUUGCUAUGCUGAUUAUGCUAAAGAUUCAUUUCGAUGGCAAGUUAUUUGUGGUCUUGUUCUAUGGUGGUUAUCAGAAUUAUGGAUUGGUGGACAUAUUUGGUUUGGUAAAAGUCAACGUUUAGCAUUUACAGAACGGUUAUUUGUUUCACCACGUUAUUGUGCAACAUUACUUGAACAAUCUUUAAUGAUGAAUAGACGUCGAAAUGAAGGUGAUGAAAUGAUAAUCGGUACAUACGAUGAAAUGGGCACAGUUAAUGGUGAAACAGAAUUUGAUGAACAAAGUAUAGAAGAAUUAUCAAUGGAAAAAAAAUUAAGUGCAGAAGUACAUACAAAAAUAUUUUCAUGUGCAACGAUGUGGCAUGAAACUGAAACAGAAAUGUUACAAUUAUUAAAAUCAAUUAUGAGAUUGGAUAGUGACCAAUGUGCUCGACGAACAGCUCGAAAUUAUUUACAUUUGAAAGAUCUUGAUUAUUAUGAAUAUGAAGGUCAUAUAUUUUUUGAUGAUGCUACGGAAGAAGAUGAAAAUAAUGAACAAGUACCAAAUAAAUUUGUCCAACAAUUACUUGGAGUUAUUGAUCGAGCUGCAACUGCUAUUCAUCAAUGUCCAAUGAAAAUUCCACCACCAUUCAAAACCCCAACACCAUAUGGUGGACGAUUAACAUGGAUAUUACCAGGUGGAAAUUUUCUUAUUGCACAUAUUAAAGAUAAAACAAAAAUUCGACAUAAAAAACGAUGGAGUCAAGUAAUGUAUAUGUAUUAUUUACUUGGUUAUCGUUUAUUUGGUGAUUUAAAUAUAAUUGAAAAAUUAUAUAAACGAAAACGAAAGAAAAAUUCAUCGAAAAAUAAAUCAAAAUUAUUUAAAGGUUUUGGAAAUUUAUUGAAUAAUAUGGAUAAUAAAAAACGAAUACAAAUGGAAAAUACAUAUCUAUUAGCACUUGAUGGUGAUGUAGAUUUUCGACCAGAAGCUGUACGUUUACUUGUUGAUCGAAUGAAGAAAAAUAAGAAAGUUGGUGCUGCUUGUGGACGAAUUCAUCCAAUUGGAAGUGGUCCAAUGGUUUGGUAUCAAAAAUUUGAAUACGCGAUUGGUCAUUGGCUUCAGAAAGCAGCUGAACAUAUUUUAGGUUGUGUUAUGUGUAGUCCAGGUUGUUUCAGUCUUUUUCGUGGUUCAGCAUUGAUGGACGAUCAUGUACUUCGUACAUAUUGUACAAAAUCAACUGAAGCUCGACAUUAUGUGCAAUAUGAUCAAGGUGAAGAUCGUUGGUUAUGUACACUUUUAUUACAAGAGGGUUAUCGCGUUGAAUAUUGUGCAGCAUCGGAUGCAUUGACUUAUGCGCCGGAAACAUUUCAUGAAUUCUUUAAUCAACGUCGUCGAUGGGUUCCAUCAACUAUUGCAAAUAUACUUGAUUUUCUUGUUGAAUAUAAACGAAUUGUAAUUGUUAAUGAGAGUAUAUCAUAUUUAUAUAUUAUCUAUCAACUGUUUCUAAUGAUUUCAACGGUACUUGGUCCAGCAACAGUACUUCUAAUGAUUAUUGGAGCAUUCAAUGCAUGUUUUGGUACAAGUCUCUGGCAAUCAAUGUAUAUGUCCGUUUUACCGGCAUUUUUUUAUCUUCUAUUAUGUUUUCAUACUACUACUGAUUUUCAAAUUCGUGCGGCAGCAUUUCUUUCUGCUGUAUAUGCUAUAAUAAUGAUGGCUGUUAUUGUUGGUACAACAAUUCAAAUAGCUGAAGAUUCUUGGACAUCACCAAAUGCUGUUUUUCUAAUGUUAUUACUUUCAAUCAAUUUUAUAGCUGCUUGUAUGCAUCCGCAAGAAUUUUGGUGUAUUGUUCCUGGUUUACUUUAUUUUUUAUGUAUACCAAGUGGAUAUUUAUUUCUACUUAUUUAUUCACUAUGUAAUCUUAAUAUUGUCUCAUGGGGUACUCGUGAAGCGCCGAAAAUUAAAAAAAAUCUAAGUAAAGAAGAACUUGAACGUGCAAAAAUGCAAGAAUUAACAAAAGCUAAACAAAAAUCAGCUGGAUUUUUUAAUCAGGUAUUUGCAAAUUUUAAUUUUAAAAAAUAUGAUGAACGGAUACGUUCGUACGCACGUAAAUGGCUUGGAUUAGAACGAUCAGGAUUAAAUGGUAUACUUUUACAACAAAUUUUGGGUGCUGUUCAACGAAUGGAAGACAGUAAAUUUGAUGAAGAAAUGGACGCUGUAGCAACGCAAGGUAUAUAUCCACAACGAAAUAAAACACCAGUUGGCUCGGAAAUUGAUGCAAAAUAUGAUCUUAUGCGAUUAGCAGCUCGUGCCGGUUCACCAGGAAUAAAUGGUGUACCUGUAAAUCGUGCUAGUUUUCCUCAAGUUGAUCAACAACAACAAUUAAUUUAUCGUGGAAUCAAUACUGCACGAAGUACACCUUAUGGACAACGAAUUUCUUAUGGAGGUGUAACACGUCCAUUAGAACAUCCCGUUAUAAAACGAGAUGAACUAGUUAAUCCAGCAUGGAUUUUUCAUGAAUCGUUACGUGAUUCUGAAGUAGUUAUGCUUGAUCCACGUGAAACAAAAUUUUUUCAAGCACUAAUCGAACGUUAUUUAUAUCCAUUAGUUGAAGAUAAAGAUCAUCAGAAAAAAAUGGUUGAAAAUCUUAAAUCAUUACGUAAUAAUUGUUGUUUCGUAUUUUUUAUGAUUAAUACAUUAUGGAUUGUAAUUAUAUUUUCUUUUCAACUUGUUGCUGAACAAAUACGUGAAUUUGUAUUUAUACCAAUAAAACGUUUACAUAAUGAACCAUUACGUUUUGAACCACUUGGUUUAGGUUUCUUAUUAUUUUUUGCAACUAUUUUACUUGUACAAUUUGUUUCGAUGUUAUGGCAUCGUUAUGGAACAUUAUUACAUUUAUUAGCAUCAACUGAUUUGAAAAUUUGUCAAAGAAAUAAUGGAAAAACAAAUCGUAGUCAUCGACGUGGUGAUUUUACAACAGAUAAUGUUGAAGAUGCUGUUGAACAAGUUAAAGUUUUACAACAAUUAAAAGGUUUUGAUGAAGAAGAUUUACCUGAACCAGAUUAUGAUAAUAAUGAUCAAGAUGAUAAACAAGCAUCUGAACCUGAUAUAUCAACAACAGGACUUGUUUAUCGUGGUGGUGAUGGUGUAAGACGAUAUAUAAAAAAUUCAGCUUGUACAUCACAACAAUGGAGUGAUACAGCUAAAGUAAAUGAUAUGCAAAGAAAUUUAGAUACAACUGAUCAUAGUGACUUAAGUCAAAUAAUAUCAGGUUCAAUACAAACAUAUGGAAGUAAUUAUGAUGCUAUUAAACGACGACAACUAUCGAAUAAACGUCAUUUAUAUAAUAAAUCACUUGAUCAUGUAUUUAAAUCACGUUAUCAAGCAUUAACACAGAAUAAAAAUCAACCACAACAAUCACAUAAAAAUGCACGAGUUAAAUUAACAGAUGUCUUUCAACAACAACAGCAACAAUUAGUUCCAUCAAAAGUAAGAAAAACAUCAAAUGCAAUUACAAAACGAGAUAAUGUUAAUGGAAAAAAUAUUCAACAAUCAUCAACAGCAGUUACAAAAAAACAUCGAAGAAAAUCAAAAGAUCGUCAUUUAGAACAUUUGUAG